UUAGGGAGCCUAACUACCAAAGGAGGUAUGAGGAUUCAACGGCCGAGAUCCCACCUUCGUCCAUUAUCUACAGUGAACACCAAAAGAAAGCAAACGAUCAUUCCAUGAGUCCUGUUAUUCCGAGAAGACAAGCUUUUCGAUACAACCCUGUUAAGGAGAGGAUGGAAAAGCCUGAGGUAGAACGAGCUCAUGUGGUAAACGGGAACCCCAUCUCUCCUUAUUUCACCAAAACCAGCAGUUCAGAGUGGAACAGCUCCGACGAUCUUGCCGGUCCCUUUUCCGAGCUGGAGGAUUCCUCCUCACGUGCUGACGUUCCUCCUCAGGUUCCCUCUCGGACUCUGUCUCACACCGCAGCUCCGCCAGUGCCUCCCAAACCACACGGUCUGAGUUCAGAGAACCGGCGACGAGAUCCCCGUCCUCCCAGUCCUCAGCGUCUUCCUCGAAACAGCUCGGCUCUGUCCCAAACCGUCCUGCAGAAGUGGCUGGAAAACUCGGACACGAGCUCCAAGUCUGGCUCCUCUGAUCAGGACAGGAACGAUCUGUCAGCGAGUGAGGGUGUGGAGAAGUUCUCCAGCUUUCCCAAACCUGCGGCCGGCUCUGCUGUCAUCCCCAGCACCUACUUCUCCGUGGACGGCUGCAUGACGGACACGUACCGUGCCAAGUACCAUAAAAAGAGACCUGCUCUGUAUGUAAGGGCAGACUCUAGAGCCGGAGAUCACACCUCGUCUGGUGAAAGUGAUUACGGGGAAAGACUGUCCCCGGCUCCUGCAGAAACACAGGCCCCACAGCACCCCAGAGCCACAGCGCUGCCAGGUCACGCCUCCAGUAAUAAACCCACUGCUAAGUGGAAUGCCGUUUCAGUGAAAGGACUGGAUGAACACGGCUUUCUCUGACAGCAGAUCUCAUCACCAAACACUGCGGAUUGUAAUGUGUAGUAUGCAUUCAAACACAGCGUGUGUGCCAGUAUCAGACUUUACAUUUGCACAUUUUCAAGCCAAAAGAGAACAAUAUUACGUAACUUUAAAGAAAAUAUUCCA